AUGUAUCUAAUUACUUUAAUAUAAUAAUUUUACUUUUUUCUUUUCUCUCUUCUUUCUCCCCCUCUUCCUUGCACAGCCGUUCCGGUUCUCCACUUCUCUUUUCGUUUGUUCGUUUUUCUUCAUCUGCUCCUUCUCCUCCAUAUCUGCAUUGACACCAUCAGAGACAAUCUUCUUGAUGGCUGACGUGGCUCCAUAUACUUCAGGAUGUUGUUUUCAGAAUGUACAAGAUAAGAGCACUAUUCUAGAUUUUCUUUUCUUUCUGGAAUAUUCCUCUAACACUUCGUGAAACAUCAAUCCGGAACAUAUUCCGGACUCCGAAUUCCAAUAACCUGAACUUCACCAUUUUGAAACGUAAACCACCAUGAAACACCAACACGAGUUCCACCACACCUUGCCACCAUAACUCUCUUCCAGAUUCAGUCACCAGCACAACAAAAUUUUUUGAAACUUUCAAAUAAAAUACAAGGGUAAAACAGGAAUUCCAAAUAUUGUGGGCCUGCAAGGAGGAAUUGGAGGAGUGUAGUAAGCAAAUUCCCAGAUGGAGUUGGAAAGAAUAAGAUUCUGAGUUAGCCUUAGCAGAGAAAAAGGGUUGAAAGAGAUCAGAGAGAGAUGGAAGCAUCUGUGAUUGAGGUAGAGAGAAUCUUGAGCUACGGAUUCAUAGAUCGGAAACUUCUAGAAGAAGCUCUCACCCAUUCAUCUUCCACAGGUGUUUCUUAUGAGCGACUUGAGUUCGUGGGAGAUCACAUUAUAGGGCUAGCCAUCAGCAAACACCUCUUUCUCGCCUACCCCCAGCUCGAUCCUGGCCAACUAUCUGACCUACUUGAUGUCAACGUCAGCAAAGAGAAGCUGGCACGAGUUGCCAUCCAUCGCGGCCUCCACCGUUUCAUCCGCCAAAGCUUCUCAUCUGAGCUCAGGGAUCAGAUCGAACUAUUUGAGAAAGCUGUCACCCUAGAGAAAUACCCCGUUGGGAUACACGGUGGAUCCGUGGGGGCCCCCAAGGUCCUUUCGGAUAUCGUAGAGUCCAUCGCAGCAGCUGCAUACUUUGAUCUGGGAUUCGAUCUGGAGAAAUUCUGGGAGAAAUUUAGAGUAAUUUUGGAACCGAUAGUGACACCUGGUGAUUUGGAGCAACAGCCUCAUCCGGUGAAGGAAUUAUAUAAAAUAUGCCAGAAAAUGGGGAAGCUCCUUAAGAUUAAAUCUGAGCGGAAGGAAACAGAUAGUAUAGCUUAUGUCUUUGUUGAUGGGAAGUUUAUAGCCUCUGCUUCCUCUGACAAAAAGGAUCUGGCUAAACUUGAAGCUGCCAAGAUUGCGUUGGAUACACUUGCACCUCUGCCUCCUCCCACCAGUACGAGGCCUUCCAUUACUGACAUGCAGCUAAGAGCUAAACAAAAACUAAACGAACUCUGCCAGAAUAAGAAAUGGCCUAAGCCAGAAUACAGUAAAGCAAAGGUAUCCGGUCCCCCUCAUGAGAAGAGAUUCGUUUGUUCUGUUAAGAUAACUAUUGAAGAAGAGGAGGGGGUUUUUGUGCUAACGAAUGGCUGCGAAAAAUCUAAGUUAAAGGAUGCUGAGAACUCUGCUGCUUCCAUGAUGCUUAUAACCUUACUUGGGGUGUAAUAAUCACAGAUAAUGAGAGUGAUGUUGUAAUUUUUUCUGGAAAAUGUUGUACUUGCAGCAGUUGACAAUUUAAGCUCCACCGUCAUGUGGUUUUUCA